UUUGGCGUUCCCGGCCAAAUCAAAUAUCCCGCUAGGUGUCAGUUUUGACGUUUUGUGUUAAAAUGUUUUGGAUUACUUACAUUUUAAUUUGUGUACGUGUUAAUCUGAUUAAUCGUUCUCUUAUUGUUUUGCGUAACUCGCCUUUUUUAUUGUGAUUGAGUAUCAAUGGUUGCAAUGAUGAUUUUAAGGGGCGGUGAUCGUUUUUACGUAAAAUGGACGUAACACGUAAUGUAAUUCAUCGUAAACAAAGACUGGUUGAUGGGACGAUCGUCAUGAAUCCGCGAUAUCAGGAACCUUGGGAUGAGGAAGGGGCUUCGGACACUUGUACUUUACUGGAGAAGAAUAAUUUCAUUCAACCGGACGUCGUGACGCUACAAAAAGAGUCAUUAUGGGCCACUGCCAUCCAAAUGUUCAUCCCGUUCCUCCUUGCUGGGUUUGGAAUGGUCGCCGCGAGCCUUCUCCUUGAUAAAGUCCAGCACUGGCCAGUGUACCAGGAAGUCUCGGAAGUGUACAUCCUCGUCCCCGCCUUACUAGGCCUUAAGGGCAAUUUAGAGAUGACCCUAGCGUCCCGACUGUCAACCCACGCGAACUUGGGUCACCUAGACACCCGUCAACAAAUGUUAAGUCUGAUAGUUGGUAACUUGGCCCUGAUUUUGUGUCAGGCCAUCGUUGUGGGGUUCCUAGCAUCACUGGCUGCCGUUGUCUUCGGUUGGGUGCCAUCUGGUGUGAUAAACGUGAACCACGCACUUCUCCUAUGUGCCAGUAGUAUUGUUACGGCUUUUGGUGCGAGUUUUAUCCUGGGGUUUGUAAUGGUCGGGGUGAUACUCUUUUCGCGGUAUUUCAACAUCAAUCCUGAUAAUGUGGCGACGCCUAUCGCCGCGAGUCUGGGUGAUCUCACCACCUUGGCAUGUCUUUCGUGGCUUGCCUCGAUUUUUUAUCACACCAUGGGGAGCCACCCAUGGCUGACGUCUGUUAUUAUUGUUUUAGGACUGAUUUUAGUGCCAGUUUGGGCUUGGAUCGCGAGCCGAAACGAGUACACGUGUACUGUGUUGUUUAGUGGCUGGUCGCCCGUCAUCGCUGCGAUGAUCAUAAGCAGCGUCGGGGGCUUGAUUUUAGAUUUUACUGUCUCGCAGUAUAAGGGUGUAGCUGUUUUUCAACUAGUCAUUAAUGGAGUUGGUGGAAACUUAGUCGCUGUACAAGCCAGUCGCAUUUCGACUGAACUUCAUAGUAGGGCGAAGCCUGGCCAAUUACCAAGUCAUAUGCAAGUCUGUAUUAGCCCUUGCUCAGCAUUCUGUGAUAGUCGUGAGACAACUCAUGCCGGGACUGCGCGCAUGCUCAUGCUUAUGGUCAUUCCGGGACAUCUUAUUUUUUCGUACACUAUUAGUUAUCUCCAGGCCGGUCAUACUUCUUUCACUUUGAUCUUCAUGGUUGUUUAUCUGAUAGCGGCCCUUCUGCAAGUCCUUCUGUUGCUCUACAUCGCACAAGUGAUGACUUUGAGUAUGUGGAAGCAUAAUAUCGACCCCGACAAUUCGGCCAUUCCUUACCUGACCGCACUGGGAGACCUCCUCGGGACUCUACUACUUGGCGUAGCUUUCCAAUUUUUGUUCCUAAUCGGUGACCGCGAUAGCGACGUUGGUGAUUAAUUUAGAAAAUAUGAAUUCUAAAAGGCCACUUGUGAUGAUUAAAUAACUACCUUUAAUGUACGUUUGUAAUAAAUUUCCACUUGCUUCAUUGGUGCUAUUCUUAUGUACAUACGAUAUAUAUCAACAUUAUUAUAUACAGUAUCGAGAGAAAUAAAUUUUCUAUUUCAUUAUUGUAA